AUGGCCCUCGCUCGCGAUAUCCCGGGCUACGUGCUUCCGGCGCCGUUCAACACUCCCACCUCAACCGUUCCGGACCCGCUCAAUCUGUUCAUGAACAUCCCGGUAACUAACCUUGCGGAGUCGUUGCAUGAGAGCAACACGUCUGCAGGCGGGGGUUUAAGUUUCAAGCCAACGGUGUGCGAGAAGGGCGGCCAAGUCGUGUUCGAAGCGCUGGUCAGUUGCGUUGUCGUCAUGAGCUGUUGUCCCCAGGAUUUGGUGCCCGAGGUCAACGGCGGGAUCAUACACGACUGUCAUUUCGUUGUCGAAGGCUAG